ACGAUCAGCGAUCGCCGGAGGCAGCCACCGUUUAAUGUGCCUAUAAUUGGAGAAGUUCCAACUUGGAGGCCAUAUAAAUAGGGCUAGCAUAGAACCCAAACCGAUCAAAUCCAUAGCGAAAAUGUUGCCGAAUUUUGUGCUCCUGCUGCUCAGCUGUGCUGCCUUUGACGUGGCCUUGGCCUGUAACGGCUACAAGGCGAAGGUUGUCAAAAUGGAGAAUUGUGCCGGCGAGGAGGGCAUCAUCCAGGUGGACGAGGGCUUCGGCGUCAAGCUGAACAAGAAGUGUGAGCUGGUGCCGACGGGCUGCUUCAGCAACAAGGCGUUCGCCACGGCCAUGGCCAAGUACAAGGUCCAAAAGGAUGGCAUUGUCAUGAAGGAGGGCAAAAUCGAUCUAUGCGCCGCCGUCGAUCAGGUGUCCGCCGAGGCGAAGGACAUGCUCAAGGUAUUCGGCGCCCCGUCGAGCUGCCCCGUGGCCGAGGAGAAGAUCUGCGCCAACGAUCACACCGUCGAUCUGUCCAAGUACAAGGCCAUGCUGGGCAUGGCACGCGGUCAUCUGAUUAUCGACAGCGAAAUCAAGCACGAUACUGGCAAGUCCUGCUUCCAUGCCGAGGUCGAAAUAGUCAAGAAGUAAGCGCUGCCUCAGCCGAGAUCUUUAUUGAUCUGAUAUUAUAUUAUGAGCCUUGCAAAUUAGCUGUAUAUUUUGUUUUAAUAAACAUAUUGGUAAUGGAGUGCACA